UUUUAUUUUUUUAACAGGUUGCAACUUAUUAUUUAGUUAUCUAAAACUUCUGGAAUAAAUCAAGAUGUGAUUACAAUUCGGCCUCUGUUAGAACAUCAAACUAAACAUUUCCACUCAAGUUGAUUACCAAACGGACGGGGUCCAUUGUUGAAAUGUCAGACACAUCUGAAUCAGCGCUGACGACAUCAGAAAGCAAGCCUCCUUUAGAAUUGUCCUCAGAUCAUCGUCAGAUCAUCCUGCCCCCCGUCAAACAUCAACCGCCACUUCUAAAAAACACGCCAACAAAGAAACAAGAUACCAAGAAAAAACGCUACAGAAGAUACUUGAAGCUGCAAGUCAUUCUCUGGAGCGUCUUCGCGGUUGGAUUGCUCUCGUCAUUUCUCUUCCUCAUCGCCUCACUGACGGACGAUUGGACAAUUAUGAUUCCGCCGGAACCUUACUUCGUUAGCACUGAACGGAAGUUUAUGUUGGAAUGGAGGCGAGGUCUCUGGAGAGACUGCAUGCUGGAGUACUACAACAUGACCGCCAGGGAUCCUUACACAGUCUGGCAAUGCACCGGUCGAGAUUUUUUUCCAACGUCAGAAACAAUUGAAGCUGAUGACGAAACUGAUCAUUAUAUACUCGAUUAUGAGCGAUCGAUAGCAGCAUUUGCUGUGAUAACACUAGUCAUCUCGUCCAUGCCGAUAUUUUUUACCUGGUACUCCAUCAAGGAGCCGAGAUACAUAUUCAAGAGAUUAGCGGGUGGUCUCUAUUUUAUAACAGCUGGUUGUGCGAUAGUAUGCAUUGAGGUGUUCAAACAUUUCCUCGCCUACGGUCGGCGAUACCUACCGAACAGUCUGAUGCGACUGGCUGAUUACGAGCGUGGGUACUCCUAUUACCUGGGCUGCAUUGCUGUCGGCCUCUACAUUCUGGCAGGUAUCGUCAUCUUCAUUGUUUCCGGUAAGAAGAAGGGCAGCAAUGCGCGAAGUAUGAAGGAGGCUGUUGAAAAUGAGCCGGUCAUCAUAGGGAGGAUAUGAUGCGCCAUUCUGUGAAAGAAUAAUUUUACACAUUUUUAUAACGGUGGCAGUUUCAACAUUUACAAUUUUAUAGCUCAUUGUAAAAAUGUUCAAUAUUAUUUUUAAAAUAAAUGUUUUGCCUGUGUGGAAAUUUCAUUUUUUUUUGUUAGUUUGCAAUUAUUUUGAUUUAUCUAUGUUUACAAAACUAUACGUUAUUUAACUAUUGUAACUUUGAAUUUGUGACCAUAAUUUCUCAAUUUUUAUUUAAUGAUUUUUUUAUUUUCGUACAUUUGUGGCUUUCAUUUCAUUUUUUGAAAUAAAUAAUGUGUGUGUGUGUGUGUGUGUGAGUGUGUGGGUUCGAUUUUUAAUCCAUUUUUCCAAUUGUUCAGAUAUUUUUAAUUUAGUGAAUUGAAAGUUGAAUUAAUUUUAAUAAUUCGCAACGUAAAUAAAUAUACAUAAACAAUCAG